AUGGAGCCCACCGCCCCGGUGGUGUCUCCAACCAAGUACUCAAAAAGGGUGAUAUUGAAAACCAUAUUGGGUCGCGGCGAUGGCGGAGCUGGAUUGGUUGGUGGCAGAGUAGUGAUUGGAGGGUGGGUUAAGACCUCCAAAGAGGUGACGAAAAAACCUGUGCCGCCGCCGGUUGUGGAAGGUGAUAAGGUGGGUUCUAAAGAUGUUACGUGUGUGGAAACUAUUCCGACUCGAUUGCCAUUCUUUCGAUCAAUCAUGAAGGUUUUUGUGGGAAGUCAUGAACCGGUUCGUGAAAAGUUGGAUUCGGUUGUUCAAAAGCUGCCGCCACCUCCGCCGCCGCUGCAACAGUCGUCCUUGUUUGCAGUAUUGCAAGUUAGUGAUGGUUCUUGCGCUGCAAAUCUCCAGGUUCUAGUGGACUCAUCAAUUGAGCGUCCAAGCCAAGUCAUGCAAACUGGAACUUGUAUAUUAGCAGAAGGAUUUUUGCAGCAGCCUGAAGAACCUGGAAAACAUGCUGUUGAACUCAAAGUAGCGAAACUUCUUCAUGUUGGGACAGUAGAUCAAGACAAGUACCCCUUAUCAAAGAAGCGAUUACCCCUCGAUAUGCUAAGGGAUUUUUCACAUUUUCGACCCCGGACAACUACAGUGGCAUCUGUUGCAAGAAUUCGUAAUGGCCUGACUCAAGCCACUCACACCUUCUUCAUGAUCAAUGGAUUCCUUUAUGUUCAAGUGCCCAUUAUCACAACAGCAGAUUGUGAAGGAUUUAGUGAGAAGUUCCAUGUUUCGACUCUUCUUGGGGAAAAAAUAAAACAGGAGGUAAUUACCACGGAUGAUACUGCAGGGAUUAGCUCUGAAACUGUCAAGGCUUCUAUUAAGGAAAAAAAUAAACAAAUUGAAGUACUCCAAAGAAGCGAUAGCAACAAGGAAGCACUGGCUGCUGCACUUCAGGAUCUCCAAAUAACAAGUGAACUAGUAGCACUGAUGGAAGCAAAAGAAGCAGCAAAACAAAAAUUUGAGUCCAGGGCUUCAGUUAAACCUGUACUUGUGGACUUCUCUGAAGAUUUCUUCUCUCGCCAGACUUAUCUAACGGUUUCUGGCCGCCUUCAUCUGGAGAGCUAUGCACGCGCUCUUGGAAAUGUAUACUCAUUCGGGCCUAGAUUUCAAGCACAAAAAUCAGAGUCCAAAAGGAAUGUGGCAGAGAUGUGGAUGGUUGAAGUAGAAAUGGCUUUCUCACAGUUAGAGGACGCCAUAAACUGUGCAUAUGACCUUUUGAAGUCUGUCAGCCAAUGGGCUCUGGAUAAUUGUUCAGAAGAUCUGAAAUUUCUUUCAAAACGAGUUGACCAAACUAUUGAGGAUCGCCUUGAAAAGAUGACAUCAAGUUCAUUCCGAAGGAUCUCCUAUGAAGCAGCAGUGGAGGUUUUAAAACAGGUCAAAGAUAAGAAAUUUGAAGCAACAAUCGAGUUGGGUGCACCUCUAACUGAAGAACAUGAAAGUUAUCUGGCUGACGAAAUCUACAAAAUGCCGGUCAUUAUAGACAGUUACCCUAAAGAACUUAAGCCAUUCUAUGUGCGCCUGAACGAUGAUGGAAAGACAGUUGCAGCAUUUGACAUGAUUGUACCAAAGGUUGGAAAACUGAUCAGAGCUAGCCAAAAUGAGGAACGCUUGAGUAUGCUAACUACAAGGAUCAUGGAAUUGGGCCUACCAAAGGAACAAUAUGAAUGGUAUUUAGAUCUUCGCAUGCACGGGACCGUCAUACACUCUGGCUUCAGUCUUGCGUUCGACCUUCUGGUUGCCUAUGCCACCGGCCUCAUCGAUGUCAGGGAUGUGAUCCCUUUCCCCAGAAGUCAUGGCAAAGCUAACAACUAAUUCAACUUGCGAAAAUGUCACUUCCAUGUUGGAGAGAGCUACGCCAAGCUCUGUGUAGAGAUUGAAAAGCUGCGUAGCAGACACAUCUACUAAUUAUCUUGUGUGUGCAGAGACACAAACACAGUGUCUCUGAAUGUAAAUUUGAUUCACUUGUACAUAUUAUAAAUAUUUCAAAGGCGAAAAGUUCUAAUUGAAAUGAAAUUAUUCAGAAGA